AUGACCCACAGUGACAUCUUCUGGCAACAAGCUCACAAUCCCAGCAGUCUGCGGGCUUCCAGUUCCUCCACCGAAAUGUUGCGACGCAUUUGUGCGCCACGUCCUCAACCACGACAUGAAUCGGCUGAGCACACUCGUCCAGAGGUCCUCCGUCUCAUCAUCAGCUGCCGCACCAGCUCCAUCGGCAGACCCCUUCCCCCCGGGAUUCCCUUCGGUCCAGCUCCGUCGCCUCGCCCUCGAGGAAUUCCGUUUUAUCCUCCGGUGGCGCCGCCAGCUGAGGCGCCCGCCGUGACGAUCCCGGACAGCACCGGGACGUCCCUCGACACGCUGGAGUUCGUGGUCACCGUCGGCUUCGGCACGCCGGCCCAGAAUUACACGCUGAGCAUCGACACCGGCAGCGACGUGUCGUGGAUCCAGUGCCUACCCUGCUCCGGGCACUGCUACAAGCAGCACGACCCUGUCUUCGACCCGACCAAGUCCACCACCUACUCCGCUGUCCCCUGCGCCCACCCGCAGUGCGCGGCCGCCGGCGGGAAGUGCAGCAACGGCACUUGCGUCUACAAGGUCGAGCACUCCCCCGGGUUCGCGUUCGGAUGCGGCCAGACAAACCUCGGUGAGUUCGGCGGCGUUGAUGGGCUGGUCGGCCUCGGCCGCGGCGCGCUGUCGCUGUCCUCGCAAGCCGCCGCGACGUUCGACGCCACCUUCUCGUACUGCCUGCCGUCGUACGACACCUCGCAUGGGUACCUCACCAUCGGCUCCACCACUCCGGCCUCCAACGACAAGGUGCAGUACACGGCGAUGAUACAGAAGAAAGAUUACCCGUCCUUGUACUUCGUGGAGCUCGUCUCCAUCGACAUCGGCGGCUUCAUCUUGCCGGUGCCACCGACGGUGUUCACAAAAGACGGCACGCUCUUCGACUCCGGCACCAUCCUCACCUACCUCCCACCGGAGGCGUACACUUCGCUCCGCGACCGGUUCAAGUUCACCAUGACGCAGUACAAGCCGGCGCCGGCGUACGACUCCCUCGACACGUGCUACGACUUCACGGGCCACAAUGCAAUCUUCCUACCGGCUGUGUCUUUCAAGUUCAGCGACGGCUCCGUGUUCGACCUCAGCCCCGUCGCGAUCUUGAUAUACCCUGAUGACACGGCGCCCGCCACCGGCUGCUUCGCGUUCGUGCCGAGACCUUCGACGAUGCCGUUCAACAUCAUCGGCAACACGCAGCAGCGGGGCACCGAGGUGAUCUACGACGUUGGCGCGGAGAAGAUCGGAUUUGGCCAGUUCGCUUGCUGA